GGUAAAUGCCAAUUGGCAUUGGUUUCUAUUGACACGCUUAUUCCAAAUGAAUCGUUAUUCAGAUGCCUGAAUCUCAGGAUUUCUCAAAAUGCUCUAUGAGUACCGGGACUCUGAUCCAAGGCACGGGGACCGAUAUUCCUAGAAACGGUUUUCUCUUACCUUCCAACACGGUCUAUGACUUACGGAAAUCGAAACUUCGAGCUUCAAAGAAAUUUGAAGUUUGGCCGCUUAUUUACGGCACUGGAAUUGGGACCGCCGUUGUUUUACUGUCAUCUUUCGUAAUCCACAUAAACGCUAGACAGCUGUUCCACCUAUAUACUCGGAGCCAUUUUUGGUCUACCUUGUAUGCUCCGGUGCUUUUUUCUGGCGCCUUAUAUUGGAUAAGCUUUGAAGGCCUGAUAACCCGACGUGUCUUGACCAGGACUUCUUUUGAUGUUGAAGGGUAUGGCGAUUGUGACCUUUGUUUGGAGGUUCGUGGCUCAUUGAUCCAGUGUAAACACAUGGAAGGUGAGAAGACGAACAAGCACUGAUGCAAGAUGUAUCUUCGUGUGGGAAAGUCCGGGAAUAUUGAACGUGGUACAAUGGAAAGAAAAGAGCUUCGCAGUCCAGGAUAGGAUCAGUGACAAGCUGAAAUGAAGGAAAAUAUAGUUGUAGUUAAUGAGCAUAAGUGUCAACAAAGGGAAUGAAUUCGUU